AUGGAAGGUAGCUAUUAUCCCCUGAGUGGCCACUUCGGCGCUCGUAAUCCACACCACCCGAAGAACAGGUCGUGGCAAGACGCGGCAGACAAAAACUAUUAUUCUCCCUCGAACAUCAAUUUCGACGUCACCUACUCCGUACUCGCGUCCUUCGACCAUGCGGACUACCACCACACACCAACCACGACGAUGAGCCAGGAUUACUUCUCCGGAAAAGGCAAGGCUCCUAUGAGCCAGGAGGCUCAGCCCGACAAUGAAGAUGCAGCUGCGGGGAGUCCGACGCCGACUGUCCCAGCUGACGGCCCACCGCAAUUCGUGACCGUCGGCUCCGGUUCCACCUCUGUCCACGCUGCCCAACUUCAAGCGAUGCUCGAUAGAGACUCGGGUUACGGCGGUAGUAUCGACGGAGGUGAUGGCCACGUCUCGACUCUCGGUCGCGACCAUGCAACGCAACCCGACGUCGAUAGGCGGUACCAGGCCGGCGCCAUCCACCAACUAUGGUACAACCAGCACCGUUCGACCCUUGGCCGUUCUAUCACCAAGGUUGUCGAACUUUUGAAACACCUGCAGCAGAUGAACGCGCAAUGGCCGGCACAUUACCCAUCGGUGCAACGAACGGAUAAUACACCAACCCCCGGGUCGUCUUCACGCCCCACCUUCCCUCAUUCUUUCUCGACAACGGGCAACAAAUCUCAGUCCCGUCCCGCCUCGCCUGUGCCCCCUCCCGCUCUUCGAAGAGCUAUGACAGCAGCAGCAGAUUCGCACGAUGAAGCGGAAUCGAGCAGGGCUUCGGAAAACAGACCGCCCGAGGAACCGAGGCUAGUCACACCUCAGAUCGCCCAAGACUUCUCCGUCUUGAAGCUCGAUCUCAAACUGGGAUCUCUAUACCAAGCGGAACUCGUGCACUCGCUCGAAAAGACUUCUAUCGCUUCCCUCCUCGACGGUCAGAUUAGCUCCAGCAUUCGGCACCUCAUGAGUCUCCGAGAACGAAUCGAAGAUACAUCCAGCAAGGUCCUCAUCACCGGCGACCUGAACGCAGGCAAGUCGACCUUUUGCAAUGCCCUUCUGCGACGAAAAGUUCUUCCGGAAGACGAGCAGCCUUGUACGGCCAUUUUUUGCGAGGUAUUGGACGCAAGGGAAAAUGGCGGAAUCGAAGAAGUGCAUGCGGUGCAUAAAGAUGCAGUCUAUAAUCGACAUGACGAGACGACAUACGACGUGUUCAAACUAUCAGAGCUGGAAACGAUUGUGGUCGAUAAUGCGACAUAUACUUUGUGCAAGGUCUACGUGAAGGAUGUGCGGACCAUCGACGAAUCGCUCCUCAACAACGGGGUGGUGGACAUCGCCCUCAUCGAUGCCCCGGGCCUCAACUCAGACACAACCAAGACCACGGCUGUUUUUGCGAGGCAAGAAGAGAUUGACGUGGUCGUGUUUGUGGUUUCGGCCGCUAACCAUUUCACCAUGACGGCCAAGGAAUUCAUUUGGGCGGCAGCAAAAGAGAAGGCAUACCUCUUUAUUGUUGUGAACAGCUUUGAUGCCAUCCGAGAUAAGGGCAGGUGCAAGAAGAUGAUCCUCGAGCAGGUGAAUGGGUUGAGCCCACGCACCUUCAAGGAGUCUGCGGAACUUGUUCACUUUGUUUCGAGCAAUGCCGUUCCGGCGGCUCCGGGCGGGGCGCCUGGUGGCAACGGAAGCUCAAGCGGCGGCGGUGGUGGUGGGGAUGACGACGACCCAGGCCACGAUCCCAAAGGCAAAGGCAAAGAUGUCGAUAAAGUCCGAGAUUUCGAGAACUUGGAACAAUCGCUUCGGAGGUUCGUCCUAGAGAAGAGAGCAAAGUCGAAGUUGGCACCGGCCAAGACGUACCUGCUCAACAUACUCAACGAUGUCCAUACCCUGGCAACAGUCAACGCCGAUGUUGCCCAGGGAGAGCUUGAUCGGGUGACGCGAGAACUCCAGGAGAUCGAACCGCAGCUCGCAUCGAGCACGAAGGCAAGGUCACAGACGGGAGAAGAGCUUGACCAAACGAUCGAGGCGACUUGCAAGGACGUUUACGACUACACGAGGACAACGCUGAAUUCGGCCAUCACUCGCGUCGGGGACAGCAACCACGGUGUACAGUACCGCGGCUUGUUCGCCGCAUUCGAUUACGCCGAAGAGUUAAAGGAGGCCAUGAUGGCACACAUUUCCGAGUCGGUAGCUGGAUGCGAGGAGCACGCGAGGAUGAAGACUGUCGCUGGCGUCAACGUUAUCAAGCAGUUGGGCAUCCUGCAUGUUGGCAACGAUUUCCAGAAUCUUACUUUCCGACCUGACGUUAUGUUCAAGAGAAAGCGGGAUUCCCUUGCCAGGCAGGUCGAGAUCCCCACGGAAGUCUGGGACUUUGUGGAUUGGUCCACCAUCUUGCAGCAACAGGAGAAGGUCGCUGGUACGGGCAUGGCGCUUACCCUGGCCGGUGCCAUUUUGCCUCGUGCUGUUGGCCUGGAUACGGGCUGGAUUAGCCAUGCUUUCAACGCCGCCAAAAUCAUGGGCAACGACAACCUACGCCGGCUUCUCCUCCCUGGCAUCUUUGCUGCUGCAAUCGCGGCCGGCGCCUAUGUGAUCAGCCAGAUCCCCAACUCUCUACCUCAUCGUCUAUCGAAUAAAAUCUCCAUGCAACUGGCGUCCACCGAUUACGUGCACGAGAACUCCACACGUAUCUCAGGUUCGGUCCGCAAGGUUCUCCGCAUCCCGGCCGACAACCUCCGCUCUGGACUGGAGCGGAGCGUCAAGGACCUAGGGGAGAGGCGCGAGAAGACGGUCAAGGUGCGGGGGGAGAGCGAGGUGGCUCUCAAAUAUUUCGGCAACUUGGUACGGAAGAGCGCGGAACAGCGGGCACAAGUCGACCGUGUGGACUUGGAUUCGCCGCCUCCCGAUGCCGCGGCUGCACUACAGGCCCAUUGAGUGUUUCGCUCGAGUUAGAGCAGAGGAAAAUCCAAAAGUAGGUCGGAGAGGUAUGUAUAAUGGGAAUGACUUGUUUUUUUAUAUUUUUGUCUUUUUUUCUUUUACUCAACACAGUCACGAAUUGGCAUUGUGGGCAUGGCGUAAACGGUACAGGCCUAUUCUUUGCGAGACAGCAGACAAAACCGUCCCCUGUCUCACCCUCACCUUGUUACCUUUGCACCAUGGAAUGCCUAGGUGUAAUAAACCUGCGAUUCUUGUUCCUUGGAGGCGUUCAUUCCCCUCCCCUCUCCAGUUGGUGUAGUUAUUUUUUCUUCAGUUGGUAGGGCAGUCCUUAGGAUGGACAUUCGCUACCUAGAGAAUAUUACUUUUUGCAAUCAGCAAAUCGUCUUGGCGUGCUAUCUGGCGAUUUCGUAUUGGUGUUGUUUAUACAAUGAAUAUAUGCCAGGAAUCUUCAGCAGCGGCAGAAGUUGGGU